GUGGUAUUCUUUUCCAACCUUCUCGUCGAUAAGCAAGCGCGUCACAAAUAAACUCCGCUCCUAGCAAUGGCGACGUUCCACCAGUUCCCAGAGCUUCCCUUUGAACUUCGCAUCCUCGUUUGGAGAGCAACAGUUGAGCCCCGCACAGUCGACCUCCGCUUCGAAGAGGAUUCGUACACCAAGAGAAGGUCGGGGACCUGGUCCGUCGCAUCGAACUAUCUAGCUUCCUCCAUGUCGGUGCCCGCCCCGUUGCAUACUUGUCGAGAGGCACGCGGCGCCGGCUUGUACCGCAAGGCGUACAGCAUCGAGGGCGAUGUAGUCGCCGAUCCUAGGGAAUCUUACGUCUGGGUCAACUGGGACCUCGACGUCAUCGCGGUCCGUACGGACCUGGACGACUUCCUUCCUCUCAGACGUGUCAUUCAGAGGCUCUAUCUCGCGCAAGACAACUACAGCGAACACUGGUACCACAACCAGUCGCGCCACGUGCUGUCGCAGUUUGAGAGCCUCAGGGAGGCGUACGUUCUAUGUUUGGACAAGGUGGCGAACUGGUCCGACACGAUCCAGGAGCACUCGUGGCCAUGCCCCAAGGAGAAUGUAUACUUGCAGGAUCCGUCCUCUGGUCGUGCCGUGAGGGCAGUGGACUUGAGCAGGUAUUUCGAGCAUAAUCGGAUGCUAGUGGACAGAGACGGGCCGGAGGCACACCCGGAUCUUCUGGACGAACAUAGCGAUCUGAAGCUCCCACAUGAUCUUGUGUUACUGCCUGACGCGAUUGAAGUUCCGCAGUUGCCGGGACACACAUGCAAGUCUCAUCAUGAUCGUAAGGUGCUGUUCCUCAAAGUGGGCAUUUACAGCUGAUUUGCCGAAGGUCAUCUCUGGCAGUCAGUAAUCAUCUGAGCUAGAGAGGCUGUUCUGCAUCAGGUAACGGCAG